CCUGCUCUUUUGAUUCAGAGUCAGUGAUUGACGCGGACGACGGACGGCACCUCUCGCAAAUAGCCCCGGACCUUGUGAAAAAGGCAGCGAUUCCCUACAAAGGCUGUGAAGAGGAGACGAUGAGGUAAAAAAAUAUUUGAUCAAGCGGUAAUCACUCACUUCCGAGGGAAUGCUCAAAGCAGCAGUCAUGGUAGCAGCACAUAUCCAACCCUGCUCUUUGAUAUGGAUCAUCACAAUGGCAGCCUGUGCGAAGACUCCAGAUGUUCAUGUGACCUGUAUCUUCUCCAUGGACUGUAUAUUACCAUGUCAUUUUAAACCUGCGGAAGGAGAGGUCAUCCAUUGGUACAGAAAGAAGGCCCUCGUUCACAGCUUCUACAAUGGCAGUGACGUGCUGGAGCAGCAGGACGAGCAUUACAGAGGCAGGACAUUUCUCUUUCAGGGGCAGUUUGCCCAGGGCAAUGCUUCAUUGCUCCUUCAACGUAGUGGCAUCGAAGACAAAGGCAGGUACAGGUGCCAUGUCCGCACUGCACUGGGGGACCAGGAAUCUUACACCAUUGCAAAAGUGGAAGCCCCCAUAAGAACCAUGCAGAUGACCAGCCCCAGUGGGUACGAAGAGGUAACAUGCUCAUCUCAGGAUAUCUAUCCUGCGCCACAGCUAUUCUGGUCCACCGAUCCACCCGCACCGCCCGGCGCAAUAAAACCUACCACACGCAAAAUGGCCGACACUCUGGGCCUGUACUCUGUGGAGAGCAUGCAGAAGAGGCUGGGAAACCUUUCUGACUUCACCUACAUCUGCACCCUGAACUCCUACUAUGGCACACAGACGUGGAGUGCUUCACUAAGAGAAAGAGCAAUCUUCAGUGUGUCUGGAAAGGGGCUGACAAUCCCCUGCCUUGUUCCAAUGAAGUUCCACAACUUCACUCUCACCUGGACCCUCACCAGAGCAAGUAAGACGGAGGUCAUCCUCACGUACGACAGCCUGACCCGACAGAUCUCCAACCGCUGGAAGAACAAAGCAAGAUUGGACCCUAACCUGGUUCUGACAGGAAAUGGAUCCCUUUGGCUUCAGAACCUGGAGCAGUCAGCACAGACAGAAACCUACACCUGUGCAUUUUCAGCCUUCCAAAUCCAACAGCUUGUUCAAAACCAUGUCAGCUUCAUUGCAGCUAUUAAAGGUGGAAACCAGUCAAACCUUUGGAUCAUUGCUGUUGUAAUUGCAGCCUUGGCACUGUGCACUGCAGGCGUUAUUCUCUAUGCAAAACAAAGAGGUGACCACUCGCAACUAAGCAGGACCACAGAGGAUGCCACAGAAAUACAGCACAUGAUGAACGAAGGAGGCAAUAACACACAGGCCAAUAAUCAAGCCUUGUGACGUUGCAAUGCUACAGCCACCGCUGUGAGGACACCUCAAGAUCUUCCACCUCCACACCGGACACUGCAAACAAUCAGUGCAUAAAUAUAUGGACAGAUAGUACAAUGUAAUUAAGACGGAUGCAGACAAAGAAUUGCAAAAGUAUUAUGGUUCUACCGUUCCGUGUAGAAUGGCUGAGGCUGCACUGUUUGCAAAUGCAAUGAUACUAUUCAUAUUUACAUCUGUUGGUAGAGAUGCACCAGUUCCAGAGUGAGCAGUCGGGUUUAAUAUUUAAUAUACUUAAAGGCUCAAUAUAUGAGCCUUUUACUGAAAUCUGUGGGCGAUCAAUCAACCAGUAGGGGUCACUAGAUAAAAAUGCAUGUGGAACCGUAUACUCAAACCUCGAAAUUCCUGGGCAAUGCAUAAUGCCCUGAGGAGCUCUGGGCCAGAGGUGGUCCUGCCAGGGUUUAAAUCUGAGGCUCGUCAGACUAAUCAGAAACAGCGGAGACUUUUGGUCCCCUAAAAUGGAGGGAAUACGUACAAAACGGGAUCCAAUUUGUACACAGAUCCCUCGAUAUGGAUGUAAAUACUCUCUAAUUAAAUCU